AGAAUAGCGAUGCUUAAUGCUCUAUUUAUCAAGCACCAGGACCGAAAGGAAGCUGCCGCCAUCGAACGUCGUCGACAGUUUGAGCAAGUGCGCAGGCAACGAAUUUUCAACGCCCGGCAACGUGUCAUUGGUAUCGAUACUACGGCCCUAGAGAACCAGCUACAAGAAAAACAUCGCCUUGAACAGGAAGCGCUUGAGCGGAAGCGUAAAUUUGAACAAGAACAACAGCGCCAGAAUCAAAUGGUGCUGCUUAAGCACAGAGAGCAGCAGCUUUUGCGGCAUCAGUUAGACAGCGAAAUCAACAAUUUCCGAGCGCUUUGCCAACGUCCGGAACAGUCACGAGAUUUUGAUCUUUUUGAUCCGAACGGUUUAAAGAAAUCGCUUCCGGCUCGCAUCGGCGACGAUGAUCCCCGCUUGACGGUUUCCGGUGCACAGAAGUUUGAAGGGGAAGACUUGUCGGAAAAGCAACGAAAGCGACUGCAGAUGCAACAGCAACGGUCCUGGCUGGAACAGCAGAUACGUGAAAAACGACAGGCUGAAAUAGAUCGUGUGGCAGCGGAGAAAUGUCUGGAAGAAGCUAUGGAAGCCAGAGAACGGCGCGUACAACAGCUGACGGCCGAAAAGCGUAAUUCGCGAAAUAAGCUUCAAGGUGCGAUCAGCCAAUUCAACCGACAACUGAAAGAACAGCAGGAAUACGAUCGGAACCAGCGGAAGCGUGAAGAUGAAGAAGAUAACAUGGCUGAGAUCUACAAUCAUUUGACGAGUGAUAUUCUUACGGAGAACCCAGAUGUGGCUAAAAGUAGCCUAGGAUCUAACCGAAUAAUUCCUUACGCAUACAAGGGCAUGAGUUCAGAAGAGAUGCAGCAAGUUCGAGAUGCACAGGAACAGCAAAGACAGGAGCUGCAGCGUCGCCAGCAGGAACAAAACGACAACAAACAAACGUGGGAUAAGCUGGCAAACCAAUUCGAUCAAAUGAUUGUUUGGAAGGAUCGAGAACUGAACCGACACCGCCGGGAAUUGGCCGAUAGGAUCAAACAGGAAAAUUUGGAACUUUCUGACGAACAGAAGCGAACACUAAUAGUUUACCAGAAUCGACCGACAUUGGAGUAUUUUGAUCAGUUUAAUACAACCACUAGAUAGGUAGGGUAAUUAGGAAACGGCCGAGUGUGGUGUGGUUUUGGUCAAUAAUUUAUUUCAUACUUAUUUUUUACUUACUGCCUAAUGUCGGCCGCAGAAUUAUCAUAAAUUAACAAAAUAGCUAAAUUAGUCUUUAUGCUAAGAUCCGAGUGUGUGUGAAUAAAAGAGUUUUCUAAAGAUGCUUAGAAUGGGUUAGGCUUGCUAUAGAACAUUUCAUUGCUAAGUCCAACAGUCUCAGGAACGAACGUUCAGCACUGCGUGGGUGGAGCAAUUCUAAAAUAGAUAAAUCUUCGUGAGUAACAUUAUUGUACGUUGAUGGACGUAGACAAUUGAAUUUCAAUUGAAAUUAGAGCAGCUCGCUAGUUAGCUUGAGAAAAUGUUGCAUAUAAUAAAAUUCUACUUACGGAA